CCCAGGGCCCGGGCCGGGGCCCAGCCUUGCUGACCGGCCCGCACCGCGCCCUGCGGCUCGAUCGCGCUCCUUGCCGACUUUUCGAUGCCGUUAGUCCCAGGGAAGAUGAGGCAGAAGGAGGCGUUAACCAAGACCUUCCGAGGCCCAGCCGCUGUCUGUAGGACCCCGAGCAGUCGCGUUUACAUGUUCAGAAGUGGCAGUGGGGACUCGGAGGACUCCUCUGAGGAAGAGACCCAGCAGCAGCAUGUGGUUCUGCGCCCGCGGGGCAGAGAGCUCCAGAACAGUGCCCACCAGGCUCACCGGCCCAGACCAGGGCAUGUGGUGCUGCUGCAGCGGGAGCUGGCCCAGGAAGACAACCUCAACAAGCUGGCUCUGCAGUACGGCUGCAAAGUUGCAGAUAUUAAGAAAGUUAACAACUUCAUCAGAGAACAAGACUUAUAUGCUUUGAAAUCUAUUAAAAUUCCCGUGAAAAGUCAUGGGAUCCUCACAGAAACCCACAGAGAACUGAAGCCCCUUCCAGGCCCGUCCUCAGAGACCAGAGUGACCUUCGUGGAAGCUCCCAGCGCCGACAGUGUGGCUGCAGGUGCUGACACCGAGGCCAGCCAGCUGACAGACUUCUUUAAGGGCAUUGACCAGAACAUCGAGCGUGCGGUGCAGUCAGAGAUCUUCCUGGGCGAGGGCUGCUGUGUAGACGCUCCCGAUCAGCCGCUGCUGCUGGCAGCCCCGAAGACAUCCGCAGACGGUGCCGACUGUGGGAUCCAGUGGUGGAAUGCUGUCUUCAUCAUGCUUCUGGUUGGGAUUGUGCUGCCCGUGUUUUAUUUGGUCUAUUUUAAAAUACAAGCUAGUGGGGAGGCCCCUAACGGCUUGAAUACAACUGCUGUCCCCUAUGGCUUGAUGGCAUCAAGUGUGGCUCCAGGGCAAGCCCCCAGAUUAGCGAUUCCCCUACCAACUCUCGCCUCUGCAGACAGCCAGGUCAGCCAGACCGCCCUGGCAGGGAACUAGGCCGCCGUCUCUGGAGAGGCGGCCCCACUUCAGCAGCGGGCGCUUGCUGUCCACCAGCUGUCCCUGGCUGUGUCCUUGGGUGCUGCGCUUUGCUUCCUGAGAUGUAUAGGCGCGACUGCAGGUCACGUGCUCUUGACUGCACCAGCCCCGAGGAAUGCUCACGCACUCCGGGCUGCGGGGUCCCGAACACCGCUGCCCUCAGCCUCUCGGUAUCCAAGGCGGUGCCGCGAGGGGGACCACUGGCACUGCGAGACGCUCAGUGGACUGGCUGGCUGUGCCUUCCCAGUAGCCCUGCCCGGGCCCUAAGCUGGUUGUGCGGAGGGAGAGGACUGGCCUCCGCCAAGGCAGCGGCAGUGUGGGCGUCCCUGGGGUCAGGUCCGGUCACCUGCCUGUUAGUGUCCGCACUCGCUCCAGAGGGGCCUGGACUGCUCUGAGAAGUGUUGUCUCCCCAGUAAAGGUGCUGUGGAGUAGUACAGUUUGUCACCCUGACUGAGAAAGUGACAGGUUAUAGCUGUAAGGAGUCUUACUUCCUCUUUGCCCCAUCAGUUCGUGUGAUUGCAGCACUGCCACUUCGAGGAGCGAAGCGACCCCGCUCACAGUGCUUCCCUGCUGGGUAAAUGGCAGUUCUGCUCCUCAGUUCCCGUCCGUGUAGCCGGCUUCUCGUUUCCCGUGAAGAGCACCCCCACAGCCAUGGCGCCCAGACCCUCUCUAUUAAGGGGGCUCAUGCUGGCUCGAGUGUGGCAGGAAGGAUGCGCCCGUCGCCAAGGUGUGGGCAGUUGCCUCGCUGUAGGCAUUGCCACCAGAAACGCAGUGUGCUUCCUGCUGCUCCCACCACACACAGGCCUUUUUGGGUGCCGAUGCCCCCGGCGCAGUGUGGUGAACCUAUAGCACACGUAUUCCUUUUCAUUUAAGACAAAAGAUGUUACUGUGUGGGUUGGUUUUUCUAAACUAAAACCUCAGGACUGAGGUUGAACUGAGGUGCUGGCACUUUGCAGUACCUAAGUGGGUCUGGGCUUGCAGUUGGGCACUUGGUCUCUAACAGGUUCGCCAUCGCUGCCCUGGGGGAACCCUCUGUACACAGUGUAGCUCGUAAUGUGAAGACCAGACACUUCGUGGAGGGAUGCAAGUAUUUGCGCUCCGUGACCGUAACUAAAUACAAUCUGAGACAACGAUGUAGAAGGAGAAAGGGUUUAUUCAGCUCACGGCUUCAGAGGCUUAUGUCCACCAUCGGCUGGCCUGUUGGUGUGGACCUCUGGCCAGGUAGCACAUCAUGGCAGGGAGUGUGUAGUGGAGCAGAUGUCAUCUCGGGGCUGGGAAAUAAGGGAGAGGGGAAGGCCUGCGGUCCCGAGAGCCCCUUCCAGGGUACUGCUCCCAGCAGCCUAACUUCCUCUCACUAGGCCCCACCUCGAAAUAAUGCCACGCUGAGGACCACGCCUUUUAAGUCACAGGCCUUGGGGGACACGUACCCAAAUCACAGUAAAGUGGCCGUGGCUGCCACGGGGAGGUGGGCCCAGUGGUUUGCCUGUGCCCUCCUCUGGCAAGACACCAGCCCGCUGCGUGUGGGUGCGGAGGGGCAGGAAGGGUGGAGGGGCUGACAGCUCCCACCACAAGGUGUGUGGAAAAUGCACAGAAAUGCUGCCCUUGAGGCGCUGGCAUGGCACUCGAUACCUGAGGCCACAAGAUAAAUGUAAAUGAUCCCACCUUGGAAGAGGAGGGGAGGGUGGCAGAAGAGCACUUGAGAUAGGUUUCCAGUUUCUUUCUCUCAGUUUGUGUGAAACUGGCCUAGAGUGCAGUUCAGCACAUUUAACUCAUCUUCACAAUGAAACGUUUUCCUAAGAAACCAGGAUGAUCUUCCGGAUAAAAGGAACCCGUGAACCUUGGUGCAGCAAACACUUUGAUCACGUGAAUGUUCUUCCAGCUAAAUGUCUGCUGUGUUGCUGGGGGCCUCAGAUUUCUCUCACAUUUGUGGACUGUAACUUCACCAGGGAGGGCCGAGUCCCUUGGGAAGUUCACUUUUGCCAGGCAAAGCAUAUACAUCUGUAUCUUUUACUUUUCUCAAGUGGAAUAAAAUACUUCCUUCUGUGAAGGACAAAUGA